AUGGCUAGCCAGAAGGGUCGAACUCAGCCACGUCCAGUGGAGGAAUACCCUGAGCGCCUGCGGGCGAGAGCUAUAGUCGGAUCACCCGAAAUAGCGAAUACCAGUGCACAGAAUGUCGCCUCGAUCUUGGAUGAGGCCACAGGCGAACCGGACCAGACUGUAUCUCCGUUCGCAUUAGAGUCAGAAGUGGGUAGGACAGCCGAGCCCCACUCUGAAACACGACCGUCAGAGUUUAGGAUAGUGCGUCCGAGAAGGAUGCGAAACAGUGAUUCAGAAACCUCGGGCAUAGCCAGGACUCGGACUGGGAGUCCCGAAGGUUCAAGAACGUCGCCGAUCACCGGCCCGAAGCACUUCCCAUUGAGCUUCGAGGGAGGCGACAAUACCACCGUCAGAUACGACUAUGGUAUUAUCUCUGACGAAGAGGGCGUAGUUCCCAAGGAUAAAGACAGCAUCGAUGAUGAAUGGGAUAAAGAAAGAGCGCUGAUUGCGCUAUGGGAAGUUGCCCAAGGCAAGACCAAAGAAGAGUUUCUGGCCUCUUUAGAGAUGCCACUGUCCCAAUUGAACCCGAGUGUGCCGGCACCGGGACCACGAAUCGCUGAUAGGGAGUCAUUGCAAGGCCCCUCCGAAGCGGAUCCUGAGCCUGAACGAUUCUCCACGGCAGCGAAAGGCAAAUUUAGAGCCACCGAGUUACCUCCGAUGACCUCUCGUGAUGGGACGGUCCGAUUUGCCCCUGAGGCAGGCUCGCUAGAAGCUGACAUGCUAGCCCUGAUUGAACAUGACCGCCAAGUGGCGCAACGUAUCCAAGACGAGCUGGAUGAACAGCAUGCCCAGGCGUCUGAGAGACCACCGGGUAGACCCGAAAGACAUCGGUCCGGUCGACACAUGACAAUUGAGUCAAUUUCUGAAGGCGAGGAAGGCAGUGAAUUCAUCAUGCGGCCACAAAUGAAUGUGAUGUCAACGCCGAUUCGGAGACCAGCGAAUGAGCGAGCAAAUGAGCUACGAGCCAAAGCUGGAAACGAGAGAACAGUCAGCGAGAUUAUCCGUGAGGGCUCGCAAGUCCCACGAGUAGUUCCUCUCACCAAUAUACCAUUGAGUAUCCCGCCUUCGGAGCAGAUUAAUCCGUCAACAUACCUGUUUGCCCAAAUGGCGACGCCAUCGCGACCAAAAGCGACUAGUACCGUGUCCAAACCGUCUCGAAUCAUUUAUCCGAGUGGUUUCGGAGCAAAUACCGGGAAAGUGGAUACCUCGAAGACGGUUACGACAACCAUACCGCCGAUGACAGCCAGCGCCCCGAAUCCAAGCACAAACGCCGGCAUAGCCAGUACAACAGCCGAUUCAUCGGCGAAAACACCGGCCAAUGCCCUGGCUAAUGCACCCGACCCGAGCGACAGCAGUUCCUCGAGUUCUGACGAACCAUCGUCUUCUGACUCAGAGGUGAGUGCCGCUGGAAGAUCUAAAGGGAAGCGUAAGAAGUCAAAGAACAGUAGACGGCGAAGAGAGAAAGCUGAAGAGGCUCACCGCGCUAAGAUAGCGUCAGCCCUGAAGCUAUUACCGCCGGAGAAAUGGAAUGGUAAUGCGAAUAUCGAUAUCUUUGAGUCAUGGCUCUUCGAUGUGAACUUGUGGUACAAGAAUCACGCCGUACCAGAGGACAUGAGAGUGUCAACACUUUCGAAUUUCCUCGAAGGGAAAGCGAGACGCACCUUCAUGUCGAUUGUAUCGCCAGAGAUUGAACAAUGGACGCAAGAUCAAGUCAUUAGACUAUUCUUUGACGAGCUAUUUCCGUCGAACAUCAUAGAGCAACUCAGAGACCGAUUUGCGAAGUCAUACCAGGGUACUCUCUCGGUGCGUGCAUGGUCCCAGCGAAUUAGAGACCUCGCGAAGCCUGUAGGCGACAUAAGCGAGAAGGAGAAGAUCAGACAGUUCUGGGACGGUGCGCGACCUACCAUUCGCAUUGAGUGGUGUAGAGAGGGAUAUUCGCGUGAGCAGUCGACGUUUGAACAGCUGAAAGAGGCUGCAGAGCGUAUUGAGCGCAAGGAACAGCAGAUGAAGAUUGAACGAGACAAAACUGAGUCUCGGAUGAUCCGAACUGCUUCGAUCCUAAAGAAGGAUAGCGCAAGGAAUGUCAAACCUCGUCCAAAUGACACCAGAGAUCGAAGAGGAAAAACUUACGGUGGUCAGAAAUCGAAGCAUACUUCGACUGGAGGGCGGAAGGGUGACUUUAACACCUCAAAGCAGACGCAUCGUCGUUUAACUGCUGAAGAGAUGGAAGAGCACCGAGCUAAAGGUCAAUGCUUCAACUGUCAUGAAACUGGACAUAGAGCGCAUGAUUGCCCGAAGCGAAAUCAGCUUAGGCCCCCAAAACUGAUAUCCGGGAGUAUUACCUUUGAUCAGAUCGAUGCCCAGGCCAAGGAUGUGACGAAUUUGAUGUGCGGAAGCAUGCUAUUUGUCCCAGUGACCGAACCAGACCGGAAUACGGUUAAAUGUCGAAACCUUGGAGUCCAGAUAUGGGCCGAAGGCGAACUAGAGACCGGGCUCCAUGACAUCCCGAUUGUGCAUGAUGCCAUUGGGUAUGAGGGAAAGCGAUUUAUCGUGGAACCCAUGGAAGAUUGCCCCGGUAUCUUCAUUGUCGAUGACCUAUUACUCGGAUUAGAGUGGUCGUUCACUGCUAUGGACUUACACGAUGAAGACUUUGAUAUCUGCCGAAGUUACUACGAGUACGCAGACUCACAGAGAACCGAAUGGGCUCACUUGCUAGAACCGGACGCAAAGAUUCAGGCUUGCGACUAUGAUUUUGACAUACUUGAGCGGGAAAUAAUCAAUAAAGUACCCUCAGAAGACGAUGACUUACCAGCCCUGAUACCUGUGCCGGUAGAUUCCGAUGUGGAAAUGCACGAUGACGAGCCUGACAGUUCAGACUCAGAGUCCGACGAACUGUUCGAGACAAAGUCUAGUAUAGAUAGUCAAUAUGCGAAACUCAGAGACGCAAUGACAACGUACAGGCCCUUCAUAGACGAUUCAAACUCUGAUUCCGAGAGAAUAUCGCCCUGUAGCGACAGCGAACUCGCAGAUGACGACGCACUGCCAUUCAGAGAACGAUUCACAAGAUUGUUAGCGAGAUUCAGCCGAGACGACGGCGCAAUUCCGCCAAAUGGCGAAGAAAGCGACCCUGAGGAAAGUGAAAAUCAGGCACAUCUCCGCGUACACAUGACCGGAGAGGUGAAAUCGCGACGGGGAAGACCCGCACGACAGGGAAAUGGCACCCUCAUUGAGCGUAACGCAGCAAAAACUCGAGAUAUCGAAAGAUGCACGCCGAAGCCUUGCGUUUUAGAUGGAUUUAUCAAUGGCAAUCCGGUUAGAAUGCUCGUAGAUUCGGGCUCUAUGGCCGACUUUAUAUCCACUACUCUCGUAGACCAGCUGAAGAUUCCGUAUGACAACCUUGAAGUGCCAUUAUCGGUGCAAUUGGCAGUCAGAGGAUCUCGUGGUAAGAUAAACGCGACGGCUACUGUUAAAUUACAGUAUGAGGAAAUCUCUGAAUCGAGACGAUUUGAUGUCAUGAACAUAGAUUCAUAUGACAUUAUCCUCGGUACACCGUUUCUAUUCCAGCAUCAAGCUUUAGUCGGUUUUAACCCAACCCGCUUCGCAUUUGAGAGCGUGAAAUCGAAGCCUAUUCAAGGCGAUGACACGGCGAGAAUAUCAUCACAAGCCGCUCGUAUACUCGAUAAAAAUCUUGAGAGGGUUAGAGAAAUGAUGCGACUAGAGGCGGCUGACCUGUGCAAAUCGGCUGACGAGACGCCACUUCCGCCGUAUCGAGUCGUUAAUCAUCGAAUACCACUGAAAGACGAGUCAAUUCAGUUACUAUACAUCCCAUCUCGAUGCCCUCAAGCCUUCCAGGAACAAUGGGAGCGCAAACGCGACACAUACCUUCGUACAGGUCGGUGGAAAUAUGCCACUGGAAGUAGCGCUGUCCCCAUGUUGUUCAUACCGAAGAAACCAGGCCUAAAUGGCGAGAAACGCCUACGGACUGUGUUUGCGAAGCAGAGACUUAACCAGAAUACAAUCAAACUCUCAUCUCCACUACCUGACAUACAAACAAUCCUCGAGACUGUCGCUCCAUAUCAGCAUAAGUCACUCAUUGAUGGACGUGAUGCGUACGAACAGAUUCGAGUUGAUCCUGACGACGUGUGGAAGACUCUCUUUAACACGCCUGAUGGCACUAUGGUCAGUGAAGUGAUGCAGCAAGGAGAUUGUAAUGCAGGAGCGACGUACCAAACGCUCAUGAACUCGUUAUUCGCUCCAUAUGCAGGGAAAUUCAUGUUCGUAUACCUAGACGAUAUCAUCAUCUUCUCUAAUACGGUGGAAGAGCAUAUUGAGCAUAUCCGUACCGUGCUUAAUGUCCUGAGGAAAGAGAAACUAUACCUUACCUCAGUCGAGAAGCUCCAGUUCUUUGCCAGACCAUUAAAGGUACUCGGACACGUCAUUGACGAACGAGGAAUCCUAAUGGACCCGCACAAGGUUGACCGGAUUGAGAACUGGAAGACACCAACGACUCCUGAACAAGUGGCAGCGUUCACUGGAAUGAAACGAUGGCUAGAAGAACUUUCUCACUUUGACUUUGAGAUUUCAUACGUGCCUGGUGGCGAAAACUGCAUUGCGGAUGGUUUAUCCAGAAUAUAUUCGGAUGAACCAAAGGGAAUCAUCCGCACUGACAGCGAGUACGUAACACGACCUAUGAGCAAAGAGGAGACCAAGGAAAUUGAACAGAUAAUCCGCGGUCGUAUGGCCAGAUCGAAGCCACUCUAUACUGGUAAACCUGUACAGGCCCAGAUGGCGGCAUUUGCUGUCACGCGAGCGCAAAAAGCGCGCAAUCAAGGGCAAACUGUCGGAGCGACAGUGGAGGGCGACGCCCCUCGGGCCGAACUGACUACACCAAAGCCAGCGACGCCAAAACGGCCGAUAUUUACGCGUGAACUCUCCCCUGAAUCUGAAGAGAACUCAGCGAGUGAUGAGGAGCCGCCAAAACGCACUGUUAACUCUAAUCCUAGCGUGAUCGGAGUCAAUUUGCCGAAUCAAACGCCUAAUCCCACGUCAGAAAAUGAAGCGCGCGAGGCACGCGACCAAUUCUCCGAGAUUGACAGACGCCAAAGUCCGUGUAGUGAAGAGCCGGCCAUACCCAAGACGACCCAACCGACAGCUGUGAACCAAACACAUGAUGUCGAUGAUCUACCAGAGAUUUCUCCGAGCUUAACGUACCUAGUCAACCAAGCGGAAGAAGGAAUUAGCCUUCCAGGUGGACUCCGUGGUCGUUACAGUGAUGACAGUUUCUUUGCGCCAAUUGCCGAGAAUCCUGUUGGAUACAAUCACUUCAUGCUCGAUGAUGGACUCCUGUAUCAUAAAACUGACGGAAAAAGAGUCCUGUGCAUACCUGACGUCGAAAUUGAAGGAAGAAAAGUCCGAGAAAUCCUAAUCACACACGCGCACUCGAUUCUAGCCCACUUAGGCGCUGAGAAGACUCUAAGUUACCUCAGAGAGAACGUGUGGUGGAAAGGAAUGAGUAAGGAUAUUUCCGAGUACUGCAGCUCAUGUACGACAUGUGCACAUUCGAAAGCAGUUCCCACGCAACCUUUUGGACUAUUAAAGACACUUGAAGUCCCGAAGCGUGCCUGGGAGUCAAUUGGAAUUGACUUUGUCGGACCACUCCCGAGUUCCUCGAACAGGGAUAGCUCAUAUGACAUGAUAUGCACUAUUAUUGAUCAUUUGACCUCCAUGGUGCACUUAGUACCUAUGCGACAGACAUACACCGCCAAGGAUGUUGCCGAACUUGUUUUCGAAGAAGUCUAUAAAAUACAUGGUCUUCCGGAGCGAAUUAUAUCCGAUAGAGAUUCAUACUUCACAAGCACGUUCUGGACAGAGUUACACCGCCUGAUCGGUGUCGAACUCCGGCUUAGCACCUCGUUCCACCCUCAAACCGAUGGGGCGACUGAACGAGCGAACCGCACAAUGACUACAAUGCUCAGACAAGCCGUAUCAGACCAUCAGAGAGACUGGGCGACGAAGUUACCUGCCAUUGAAUUCGCUAUGAACUUGGCUAGAUCAGUGUCCACGGGAUACUCGCCAUUCUUCCUAAAUUACGGACAAAUGCCGCGCUCUAUGCUUACCACUGACGAAACGGUUUAUCCGGGCGUCAGGAAACGAGCUCUUGAAAUUCGUGAGGCUAUUCUGAGCGCGCACGACGCCAUUCUAUCUGCGAGAGUGAAACAAACCUCUGAAGCGAAUAAACACCGCAGACCGGCUCCAUUCGCCGAAGGAGAUCUUGUGUACCUAUCAACGAAGAACCUCUCUAUCCCUAAAGGCCGUGCUAGGAAAUUGAUACCUAAGUACAUUGGGCCAUACAAGAUAGUGAAGGUUAUCGUACCUGGAGCGUCGUUUAGGCUUGAGUUACCUGCAGAACUGAAGCAGAGAGGAAUACACCCUGUAUUUCAUGCAUCGCUGCUGCGUAUACACAUUCCUAAUGACGAUAGAAAGUUCCCGGGACGCACCUUAGAGCAUGUGACUGGCUUUGGAAAACCUUCGGAGUGGCCGGUAGAUAAGAUCGUGUCACACGAAGGGAAGGGCAAACGAGCUAUAUUCGAGGUACUAUGGAAAUCUGGGGAUAAAUCCUGGGAGUUAUACGCUACAAUCAAAGCCUUGGCAGCGAUGGAACGUUACCUAGAGGCGCAAGGGGUCGAAACAAUCGAAGGGCUGGCUGAAGGACAGGGAAAGACUCCCAAUGACGCGCAAAUACGCGUAGCGGUUGUGGCUAUAAAGCCCGAACCCACCUCAGCUAUCUCACAAACAGUACCCAUUUGUUCUCAUUCCUCGCGUCGAGCCACCAUGUCUUCAGUCGACUCCCCCACUGAACUGGUGACUACAACACAGCCAAUCAUUGACGAUACACCUGUCGAUGAUGAGACGCUUGUUAUUAUUCCCCGCGUUUCCGCAUCUGUCACCGCAAAGCUCAAACCUGUCCUAGCUGGAGAGCUCGAAAUCGUCAAGAAGCGGAUCCACGACCUCGAAAGAGCUGUGGAAAAGCUUAAAGCGAAAAGCAACGUCUCUCAUGCUCCCAAUGCACCCGAACCCUCCGUCAAGGAGGAACCGGUCUCGCAACUGCUUCCUUCGCUCGGCAAGGCACCUCCUACUCGAACGCCUUCUUCUCGCCCGUCGCGACGUCGUUGCCGAAAGCAAGAAGAAGUGUCGAAUGAUGGUGACGUCGUGAUGAACGGCCCGGAAUCCGAAUUAGACGUGCCCGUGACGCAAUACCACGGACCCGCGCACUCAGGAACCCCGUACACUCAAUGGGUGGCGCCCUACAAACAUCAUCAUCAUCCUCGCGGUCGAAAGUUCGUCCAUCACGCAUUCCCGCACAUGGAUACGUAUCCACCUCCUCCCUAG